GAGUCAAAUUCAGAAGGGAGUGCGUAUGUGUAUCUAUGUGUGUUCAAUUUAACGGCAAGCCUUCACUCAACAGCGAUGGCAGUCCAUACAUCCAGGAUGUUUUCGUUGCUCCUUAUAAUGACAGUUUGUUUUGUGGUUUUGAUUCUAUCUCAGGAAAGGUUAUCAAAACGUUGGAUAACUUUCCCAGGAAAACAUGAACUCAGAUGGGAAAGCUUUUCAUUUGAUAUUAAACUCUGGGGACAGAAAGAAAAAACAACUGCACCACUUUCUGUGUCUACCACAACCAGCCGAGCAAAAAAUGAUGAUUCAACACAAACAAACCCAGUGACAGAGCUGAAAUACUCUACACAUGGAGCCGUGGCUGAGACUCCAAUACCUCUCCUCUACCAAGGAAAUUUCACAAAGCUUCCUCAGUGGGAUUUUGAUGAUGUCUAUAACCAGGAUGCCCCACCUAGACCAACAACAUGUGCCCAAUCACUUCGAAACUCUCAGGAUGAGAACUUCAAGAAGGCUUUUCUUCCCAACAUACGUUUGUUUCUGCACAAGGACAACAUUAACAUGAGCGAGUGGAAUCGCCUUUCACAUUUUAACAAUCCUUUUGGGUUUAUGGAGUACAAAUAUGAUGAUGUGAUGGCUUCAGUGAAGCUGAUUCCAAAGCCAAAAGAGCCACUGCUCCUCCCGAAACCAGGUGGUGAUGGCUGUGUUCACUGUGCUGUGGUGGGUACUGCGGGAAUUCUGAACGGCUCAAAAUUGGGUGCAGAGAUCGAUGCUCAUGAUUACGUUUUUCGGAUGAACGGUGCAGUUACCAAAGGUUUUGAGGAAGAUGUAGGAAACAGAACAUCAGUGUACGUUCACACAGCGCACUCCAUCACUGCAUCGCCUUCUGCUUUUGGGACGUAUGGAUACAAAUCUGCCCCUCAUGAUGAGGGAAUAAAAUAUGUGAUGAUUCCUGAGGGGAUGAGAGAUUUUCAAUGGCUCAAGGGUCUUCUCAAAGGACAGCAGGUCUCUGGUGGCCAAUUCGACAAGGAAUGGCCAAGGGACUACUAUUCAGGGCAGUACAAUGAGAGCCGCUUCUACGUUCUACACCAGGACUUCCUCCGAUACGUGAGGAACAGGUUCCUAAAGUCACCUAAUCUGAAUGAAACAUUCUGGCCAAUAGUCAGACCAACCAAUGGAGCGUUCACUCUCUUCCUGGCUUUGCACACAUGUGAUACAGUGGAUGCAUAUGGAUUCAUGACUGAUGAGUACAUGAAAUACUCCAACUACUACUUUGAGAAGUACAUUAAAAGUAAUGUAAUUUUCUAUGCCAACCAUGACUACAUUUUGGAGAAGAAUACAUGGAAAAGCUUUCACAAAAGAAAAAUAAUAAAACUGUAUCAAAGAACGGAGCCAGAAACGAAGACAGAAACCCCGAAGCAACACUGAGUUCCCACUUAAUGACAGAACCCGCACCACUGAUCUGUUGAUAUUCAAAGCUUGUUUCAGGCAGCACAUUGGUGCAGUGGUUAGCCUAAGAAAGUCCUGUGUUCAAAUCCACCAUAUCGCCAGGGACUAAGAUCCAUCCCCCCUGUGACCCUCAGUUGGAUAAGUGGAAGAUGGAUGGAUGGAUGGAUGGAUGGAUGGAAUGAAGGUGAUCUGAUUUGUUCUAGUUUGUUUGGGAUGUUUUGCCAGUCCUAAAGGGGUCCUCAGGCCAGUAUAAAACAAAAUCACAAGCAGAAAUCUUUAAAUGAAAGACAUUAUAACAUCUUGUUCUAUAAGUCAGCCUAAAGGUUUAUUUCAUGGGACGUUUUGUAUUUUUUAUAUUAUGAGACAACCUGAUUGCUUUUAGCUGAAGGUAAAAGGACUCCUCCAAGGUUUAUAACUCUAAACUAUAACUAAAUUGUCUCAAGGUUCAGAUUUAUUUAUUUAUUGUCAUUAUGUUACAAGAACGUAACAAAAAUUACAGUGGUGCUCUCGGUGAUAAAGAAAAUACAAAAACGAUUGAUAAAUAAAUAAGAUUAAAACGGGGCAAAAAAUCAAAAAGGUAAGUGCAGAAGACUUUAGCACUCUUUGGAGUACAUGCAUACUGAUAUGCAAAGAAAAGUUGAUGAUACUGCAAACCAACACGUAUGGAUCAGUAUUUAAGGUUUGACUCUCAUCAUCCACUGGAGCACAAACUGGGUGUCAUCAGGACACUACAACAUGGAGCGAACACCACCCCCACGCUUACAGUGGCCAGGGAAGCAGAAGAGCAUCAUAUCAAGAUGACCCUGAGUAAAUGUGAUUAUUCCAGCUGGACAUUUGUUAAAGCUGGGAAGGCGCCUAACGAAAACUUCAGCCAAUCCAGGAGAGAAGGACAACCGCUGACUAAGUAAGAACCCUUAGUGAUCCCUUAUGUCAGGAGUAUUGGAGCAGUUGAGACACAUUCUCUUUAAAUAUCAUGUCUCUGUGGAUUACAAACCUCAAAACACGCUGCGCCAAAAAUUGGAGGAUUGUCAUGAUUUAUACGUCGGGGAAACCAAACAAUCACUGGCGAAGUGGAUGGGACAACACGGAAGAGCUAACUCGUCAGGCCAGGACUCUGCAGUCUAUUCACAACUACAGGCCAGUGGACACUCUGUCAAUGAUGAGGAUGUACACAGGGAGCAAUGCUGGUUUGAGUGGGGAGUCAAGGAGGUCAUUUAUGUAAAAAGGGAAAAAGUGAAAAGGGCAAGACAGUAUCUUUUGUAUUUAUUGUUUCAGUCUUGUGUUGAGUUGUCCUACAUCAUUGUGUGUUCCCUUCUUUUUCUGAGAGUCUCCUACUGUUUGUUAGUACUUCCAUUCCCGUUAUAUCCCAGUAAAUCCUUAAUUUUUGCUUUCAGUUUUUUGAUAGCAAAGAUUCAGGAUUCAAAUCAUCAGAACAACUUUGUAUCGCAUCCUUCACUAUCUUACUACAAGUAAAAGGUGGUGUCUGUCAAACAUGGCCAACAUGUUUGUUCUGUUUGUUUUUUCCUUAUUGAAAAAUCGAUCGAUCACCCCCAUCUUUGAGUGAAUGCAACAUAACCUUUUCAAAGUAAUAUCUUCAAUGCUGGAUUCUUAACAUGUACAUUUUCAGAUUCUGAUACUAUAACAUUUUGCAUUUUAUUUUAGUAAAUAUUUAGUAUAUUUUAGUUACUGUACAAUGCAAUAAUAGUGUUAAGUUAAUUAAUUACAAAUAAAAUGCUCGACUGUACUAAAUAAGUACAGAAUUACUUAUAAGCAGGGUUAAUUGUUUUUAAUUGUGUCAGAAGCACAAAUAAUAUUUGUUGUCAAAACUGACCAAAUCAUAUUGAUUUAUUGAAUAUGCUUUUUAGCACCAAUGAAUUAAUUUUUGUAUAUAUACAACU